UGCUCGCCAUGGCGCCCACCGGCUCUGGCAAGACAGCGGUCGCGCUGAUGGCCAUCCUGCAGGCCUUCCGGCGCGGCAAGAAGGCGGUCUACACGUCGCCGAUCAAGGCGCUCUCAAACCAAAAGUACGCAGAGUUCAAGGCCUGGUUCUCGAAGCGAGGCAUGGCGAGCGCCGGCGUCGCGCUGCUCACCGGCGACAUCAAGAUCCGCUCGCCGCCCGGCGUCAAGCACGAGCUCAUCAUCUGCACCUCCGAGAUUCUGCGCGGUUCGAGCGCGCCAACGAGAAGGAGGCGCUGCGCACGGAGCGGCAGGGCGGCAAGGGCGGUGGGCGGGGCGGCGGAGGGAAGGGCGGCGGAGGGCGCGGCGGCGGCGGUGGCGGUGGGAGGGGCGGCAAGGGCGGCGGCAAGGGCGGCGGCAAGGGGGGCAAGGGGGGGAUCACCUUUGGGUUCGGAUCCGAGUGCCUCCGCCUCGCGCGCAGCCUCUCCUCUCCGACCCCCUCGAUGCUGCCCGCCAUCGUGUUUUGCAUGUCGCGCAAGCACUGCGUCGACGGAGCACACGCGGUCACCCUCAACCUGCUCGGCGGCGUGAAGCCGCACCGCCGCCACAAGCCGGACGAGACCGAUGCCGCUGCGCUUGCCGCUUGGGAGAAGGCGGAGCAGGAGAGGCGCGGCGCGGUGCGGACCGCGGAGAGGGUGCUGCAGCUGAUGCACCAGAAGCACCUGCAGAGGUACAUGCCCGAGCUCGGCCGGCUCGACGCGUACAAAGAGGUGAUGGAGCUCCUGUCGCGCGGCGUUGCCUACCACCACUCGGGCAUGCUGCCCGUCCUCCGCGAGUACGUCGAGCUCUGCUUCCAGCAAAAGCUAGUGAAGCUCGUCUUCGCGACGGAGACGCUUGCCGUCGGCGUCAACAUGCCCGCGCGCACCGUCGUCUUUUCGCAGCUCGACAAGCCGAACGACGGCGACACGCCCGGCCACCGGCCGCUGCGCCCGGAUGAGUUUUGGCAGAUGGCGGGGCGAGCGGGCAGGCGCGGCAUGGACGAGCUUGGGUACGUGAUUUACGCGCCGACUCUGUCGGUGGCGGGGCUGCGAAACCUCGCGUCGCCGAUCGAGCUGCGCGAGAUGCUCUGCGGUCGGAUGCCCUCUGCUGUCUCGCAGCUCACGGUCGACCGCCCCUUUGUCCUGCGCCACCUCCAGCGCGACAUCGGCCCCGAGGUCCUCGACCGCACGCUCAAGAACGACUCGAUGCGCCGCCGCGCCGCCGCAAUCACAACCGAGAUACAGGCGGCGAUGGCGGCAGCGCGCGCAGGCCUCGAGGGCCCCGACAGCGAUGCGGCCGCAGCACGGCGCAUCCAGGCGGCUGACCGGUACGCGGCGCUCGAGAAGCGGCUCGCCGGCGCCUCGGGCGACUUCGGCGGCACCGCGGUUCGGCUGACGCCGAAGCAGCAGAAGGACGCUCGCGCCGAGAUGGGCGCUUUGCGCGCCGAGCACGGAGACGAGCUCCCGAAGAUCGGCGCGGCGGUCGCCGGCCGCAAGGCGCUUCAGGCGGAGCUCGAGGCGACGCGGACGGCGCUGCGCGACGACUGGGCGGCGGCGAUGCGUUGGCUGACCGACUUCGAGUUCGUCAAGGCUGGAGGCCUCUCUCCCUCCGAGUCUCUCACACCGCGCGGCCGCGCGUGCGCCGCGUUUGCGGACGGGCAGCCCCUCAUCAUGGGCACCAUCAUCUCGGACGGCUGGCUGGCCGGGCUCUCUCUGCCGGAGGUCUGCGGUUGGAUCUGCCUCUUUUUGCGCGAACGGCGCAUCGCUCAGACUGCGGGCGAGGCUGCCCGCGGGGAGCUUCCUUCCUUCUCGCCGGCGCUGCAAGAGGUGUACCACGCGACCGCGGAGCUGGGCGAGCAGCUCGAGGUCGAGUUCGACACGACCCUCUCCAAGAUGAUGCUCGACUGGUGCGAGAAGAAGGACAUUGGCCGCGUCGCCGGCUGGCUCGACGCGCACAUGCUCGGCGUCUUCGUCAAGACGGUGCUGCGCGUGGUGUCGUACCUCGACGUGACUCGCGAGGUGCUGCUCGGGCUGCACGAGUACGAGCUCUACAACCGGCUCGACCACCAUACCGACCUCCUCCUCGGGGGCCUCGUCACAAACGAGUCGCUCUACCUCACCAUGGCGGACUGAGAGGCUCCACCUCGCCACCUCGAGCCACGGCGGACUGAGACGCCCAUCCGCACGCGGGCGCAACGCCGGACGCAACGGCGCGUCGUCGUCAACGAGUCGACCCGACCUCGCCUUGGCGGGACGAGCGACCACCCCCGCUCGUCGCUGCCGCGAGAGCGGAGACCUCCGAGGACUGGUUGCGGCGCGGCCGUCGACGUCGUUCCAAACGUUUACUUGAGAAAUCGUCGCGCAGAGUACAUGCUGUGUCCAGGCAGAAAUGGUAAGGUAAGGUAAAGUAAAUUUCU